UCUGCUUUGUAACAAGAGUUACUUAUUUUACGACCGCUUCAAUUAAUGCAAAGACAAGGGCGGGUAACUCUAAAAGUACAUCGCCUUCAAGAUGUCUGCGCCCAAUGCUUCACAACAACAUCAGAGGCAACAACAGGGGCAGCGGCCUCUGAUGCGCCAUACCUUAACAAAGGAAGAACAAGAGGUGAUCAAUGAAUGCAACAAAGAAAGUUUCUAUUAUCGAUGCCUGCCUCUCAGCCUGAGUCUGAUGGCCGGCGUUCAGCUUCUUGUUAACAGGGGUGUUUUAGGACGUUCUCCAUCAUAUGGAGUUUAUCCCAAACAUAUUGGUGCCUGUAUCUUGGGCUUCAUUGUGGGCAAGAUGUCUUACUUUGAGACAUGUAAGAAGAAAAUAAUUGCUAAGAUUCCUAACAGUCACAUGGGCUUGGCUGCAAGAGGACUACUAAAACCUGAAGAUGAAAUGAAUCUUUAUCAGGCAGCAUCACCUGUGGAAGGGGGACAACUCUCUGAUCUACCAAAGGAUGAGAUGCGCAGCACAGAUUUUGACACCGAUAAGACACCAGCGCAGACACCUAAGGGGCUAGACAUCAAUGAUAGACCCAGCUUAGAUCAGGAAGGUUUUCCAUUACUAGCUCAGGACAAGGCUGCACCCAGCUUCAAGUCAUAUGACGACCUCAGGAACCAAAACCGCAUGGACUUCGAGCGGAAGAUGGCGUCCAGUGACAGCCCCUUGAACCAGCCUCCAUGGCCAGCACCAGCACCACCAUCUUCUCAAGGGAGACCAUUCACAAGGCCUACCCCACGACAAGAAACAAGCAAACCCAAGAACAAAUAUGGAGAUGAGUGGGAAGAAUAGAUGCUAGUUACCUCCCUUUGGCAAUGGAGCAUGUGAAGUGACACCACCAUUAACUCGACCGUUCUUCUCAUGUUUGUACAACAUAUAAUAUUUCUCAGUCCUAAACAUUGCUAAAGAUUAAAGUAAAAAAUCUAAAUAAACUCAAUCAUUAUCAAUAACAAAUAUGUUAUCAAAUCAAAGUAACAUACAUCGAGCUUAGGAAAUGAAUUACCAAUAGGUUAAGUUAAAGCGUGGUUGUUAUUGAAGAUUUGUCCUUGCACUUUGUUUGGCAAUAAGACAGAUAUAAUCCUGUUAGGUGUAUAUAUGUAUGGUUAUAGGACUGUGCAGUGUCCUAAAUUUCUCUUGUAGAUUAUCCAGGAUUGUGACAAUGGAUUAAGAACACUAUUUUGCUUGUGGGAAUAUUUUGCUUGUGGGAAUGGAAAACGUAGUUGAUUGACUUGUGUAUAUAAACUGUGUGUAUGAAAAGGGAAAUACAGUGUUUUUUCUAAA